GUGACGAUUUAAAGUUACCUAUCACUAAAGAUGGUGCGUAUUUCGGUUGUUUUGCACGUCUUUUUCGCCCUAGUGUCGCCUAACUUGGGUCUGUCUCCGGAGUCUGGCGAUCAGAAGUUCUCAAGUGUUCUUAAUGACUUUCGGUCAACGAUAGUAGCUCUGGCAGAGGAAGCCCACAGCUGUCUAGUGUCGGCUUUCGGUAAGCAGACAGUUGAGACGACAGUUAAGAGUGCUGGGAACGCGGUCAAAUCUCUUUCAGAAUGGACAGCCGCUGCUCUUAACGUCCUCGUGGUACACCUCACAAACUGGCUUGAGGCCGCGGGCGUUCACGUCAAGCUGCCGUUUGACCGUGUCACCCCCGAAGGCGUGCUAUUCGUCACUAAGUGGACCCUGCUGGCCGUGAUUUGCUACUGGCUUCUGUCCCUAGCGUUCCGAUUGGUCGCCGGGGUUCUAAGGCAGGCCCUGUGGCUGGUGAAGGUCGUCUUUGCAUUGGGCGCCUUUGUGAUGAUCUUGAGUGACAGCGGGGCCGGUGCCGAGACCACUGCGCUGAGGCUUCUGGGCUUGGUCCUGGUUUGCAUUCUGCUGCGCGUCGGCCCGUCCGGCGGCAAGGGCGACGAAGCAGCCUGUCUGGAGGGGAAAGUCCGGCUUCUGGAGGGACGGAUCAGAGAGAUGGAGCGAAAGAGGAAAGUGGAGUAGUACCAGGGACUGAGAAAAGAUAGAGGAGGUCAAACCGGAUCUGAUUCCCAGUUCCUUUGAGAAGGUUUGAAAAGAUAGAAGACUGGGAACGGGAAAAAAAAGGAUUCAUUUCAACAUCAUGUUCUCUGAUUGGCUGGAUCACGAGUCAAUCAUAUGACUGAUUUCAGAUCUACUAGUGGCAUCUCCUCAUGGA